AUGGCAAGCUCCAAACUCUUAGGGGUUGCUUUCAUUGCUUUGUUUCUUCUUGACCUUGCAUUUGCUGCCAGAGUCCCAGAGGGAUUUUUUGCCGGAAGAGGUGGGGGUGAAGGGUUUGGCGGAGGAAUAGGUGGGAGUGGUGGCGGUGGUGGAAGAGGAGGAGGUGGUGGUGGAGGUGGAGGAACGGGUGGUUCUGGGUACGGGUCCGGAUCAGGGUAUGGAUACGGGUCGGGGUCAGGGUCUGGCUCCGGGAUUGGUGGUGGAGGAGGAGGUGGAGGUGGAGGAGGUGGUGGUGGAGGUGGCGGAGGAGGUAGCAAUGGAGGUUCUGGGUAUGGAAGUGGAUCGGGAAAUAAAUUGCAGUGUGAUCACUUGGUGAUGAUGGUUGCUGCUUCAUGCUUGUCUGCUAGAUGA